UUGAAACCUGAGGGGACUAACAGACCAAGAAGAAGAUGGGGACCCUAGGCAGAGCGAUAUACUCCGUCGGAUUCUGGAUUCGCGAGACCGGCCAGUCCCUCGAUCGUCUCGGCUGCCGCCUCCAGGGCAACUAUUACUUCCAAGAGCAAUUGUCUAGACAUCGAACUCUCAUGAACAUAUUUGAUAAAGCUCCUGUGGUUGAUAAAGAUGCGUUUGUGGCUCCCAGUGCAUCUAUCAUUGGGGAUGUUCAAGUGGGUAGAGGAUCAUCUAUUUGGUAUGGAUAUGUUUUGAGAGGUGAUGUGAACAGCAUUAGCAUUGGAUGUGGAACUAAUAUACAAGAUAACUCCCUUGUGCAUGUGGCAAAAUCUAAUCUAAGUGGGAAGGUGCUACCAACUAUAGUAGGGGACAAUGUUACCAUAGGCCAUAGUGCUGUUCUUCAUGGCUGUACUGUUGAGGAUGAGGCUUUUGUUGGUAUGGGAGCAACACUUCUUGAUGGUGUUGUUGUAGAGAAACAUGCCAUGGUUGCUGCUGGAGCCCUUGUAAGACAGAACGCAAAGAUCCCUGCUGGAGAGGUAUGGGGAGGCAAUCCGGCAAAGUUUCUGAGGAAGCUAACUGAUGAAGAGAUAGCCUUUAUUGCACAAUCAGCAACCAAUUAUUCCAAUCUUGCACAGGUUCACGCUACUGAGAAUGCUAAGCCUUUUGAUGAGAUAGUGUUUGAGAAGGUGCUGCGCAAGAAGUUUGCUCGUUGGGAUGAAAAGUAUCACUCAAUGCUGGGUGUUGUUCGUGAAACUCCCCCUGAACUCAUCCUUCCAAGAAAUAUCCUACCAGAUAAAUCACCCAAGGCAAUUUAAGGUUUUUUCAUGAGGUAUUGUUUCUGAAAUUCAACUCUUGAGAGUCAACUUUCAAGAAAUAUUAUCAUUUUGUGCUGAUACAUUAAGGGACUGCUUUCUUUGCCAAUUCCAAUAAUACCAAACAUGUGUAGGCAGAAUAAUGGCUCCUUUUUAGCUUAUGGCUCUGCCCAAAUUGUGGUCUUUCCGACACUAUUUUCUUCCAUGGGAGAAGUUAAUGCCAUAAAGGAGGGUUAACUUUGAUGUUCAUCUGAUCCUUGUACCAACAUGUUUGUUUCUUGAUACAAUUUUGGUGAUCUGUAUUUCUGGUAUCAAGUCAUUUCAGAGAUGACAUGACAUGACUAAUUAUUUCAUUUGAACAGUACACUUUUUGCACCUAUUGUGCUUACUCCUGUGAACUUCUGGAUGCAUUUAUCAUUCUUUUAUAUAAUUUGUAACUAAACCAGAAAUCUAGGAAGUAAACAAAGUAGACUAUUUUGCUUGUUUGAAUAGAA